AUGACGGAGAGGUCCGGGCCCUCCCCCGCGGGGGCUGCUGCCAGCAAAGUUUUUGUGCCGCAGCUGAGCGAAAGAGAGCUGCGGAAGAUUCGCUACUAUGAGGCGAUGUUUGCGAAGAUGGCAGCAGAGGAGCAGCAGCGGCGGACCCCUGCUGCUGCUGCUGCUGCUGCUGCUGCGGGGCCGGGCCCCGCCGCCGCCAGCGCCGCGCCCUCCAGCAGCAGCAGCAGCAGCGCAGCAGCUGCUGCUGCUGCUCCGGCCUCUCCGGCCCCCACUAGCGCCGCCGCAGGAGGCCCUGAAGGAGGGGGCAAGCUAAAGAGAGAAAGAGGCGCUGCUGCUGCUGCUGCUGCUGCUGCUGACACGAAGACAGCCAGCAGCAGCAGCAGCAGCGCGGAAGCGCCGCCGAUUAAGAGAAAGCAAGCGCGCAUCACUGAGUCAAGCGAUGAAGAUCGCCGCAGCACAAAUGCAAAGCGAGCUGCUUCUGCUGCUGCUGCUGCUGCUGCUGCUGCUAAGUCCGAGCCAGCAGACAGCAGCAGCGCCGGCAGCAGCAGCAGCAGCAGCAAACGAAAGACGGUCAAGGAGGCGCAGCAGCUGGAGGAAGGCCAUCCUGCUGAAGCGGCAACAAGCAGCAAGGCCACGCAGCCAACUGCAGCAACCAGCAGCAGCAGCAGCAGCAGCAGCAUUAGCACCAGCACCAGCACCAGCAGCUGCGGCAGUGCAGCUGGAAGCGAUAGGCGCGGAUCACCAAGCCCCAGGAGAAAGAAUAACAGCAGCAGCAACAGCAGCAAUAGCAGCAGCAGCAGCAGCAAGGUGUGCAGUGCUGCAAAGGGCGCCGCCUGCAGUGGACCCGCUGCUGCCAGCAGCAGCAGCAGCAGCAACAGUGGCAGCACUUCAGGCGAUGAGGAAACAUCUGCAGCAACGAGUCUAGUCAAAACCACCUCCGGAAGCAGCAGCAGCAAGGGCCACGGGCACUCUGCUGCUGCUGCUGCUGCAGCAAGUGGGACCCGCGGCAGCAGCGCUGCUGCACAGCACGCAGCAAAGCGCAGCAGCAAGCUGCUGCGCCGGGAGGGCAGCAGCAGCUGGCAGCGGGGGAUGGAGCGAAGCAGCAGCAGCAGCAACAGCAGCAGCAGCAGCAACGGCAGUGGUAACAGCGAGAACAGCCUUACCGGCAGCAGCAGUAGAAAGGCCGCGGCCAAGUCAAGCGCUCACAGCAGCAGCAGCAGCAGCAGCAGCAGCACCGGGAGGACAGCAGCACACCAGAACAAGGCUGCCCGUGGAACGCUGCAUCAGGGAGGUUUGCGCGCUGCAAUAGCUGCGGCGCAAGAGCAGCAGCAGCAGCAGCAGCAGCAGCAGGGGAAAACAGGGCGUGCGUGCUCGAGGGAAAGCCCCUCAGCAGCAGCAACAACAACAGCAGCAGCAACUGCAGCAACUGCAGGAGCAGCAAUGACGUUGCCGUCAAGCCCUGGCGACGCUCGGUCGGACACGCCUUGCGAAGCGAGCAGCAGCAGCAGCGGCAGCGGCAGCAGCAGCAGCAGCACGAGCAGCAGCAGCACCAGGGGGGGAUCUGCUGCUUCGGUCUCCUCCAGCCCUUCAGAGGGCCCCCGCCAAACGCCUGAGGCUGACAGCUGGGGGGGGGGCCCCCCGGGGCCCCACAGCCGCUCGCCGCUGAAGGAGCUAGCAGCAGAUAGCAGCAGCAGCAGCAGCAGCAGCAGCAGCAAGAGCAGCAGGCGUGCAGAGCGGCGGGGGCCCGGCGCUGCCAGCCGGGGGGAAUCUGCUGAGAGCUCGGAGGCUCUUUCUCCUCCCAUGAAGGCUCUCGUGAAGACCCAGUUAGACACAGCAGCAGCAGCAGCAGCAGCAACAGCAGCAGCAGCAGCAGCAGCAGAGGACAGGCAGCACAAGCCCAGUAGCGGCGAGGCUCUCCGGGUCUCCUUAGAUCAGCAGCAAGUCAGUCGCCAGCUCCGCAACGAGACGCCGCGCACCACGCGCUCUGCUGCUGCUGCUGCUGCAGCCGCAGCAGCAGCAGCAGCAGCAGGCCUUGCAGCAGCAGCAGGAGCAGCAACAGACUCUGUCGCAGCCACAGACGGAGAAGAGUCAACUGACACAGCAUCUUCGGGGCCCCCUCCUCCUUCUUUAGUGCAGCGGCGGACUCGCAGCUCGCCGAGGACUCCUGCUGCUGCUGCUGCUGCUGCUGCUGCUGCUGAGUGGGGCGGCGCUGCACAGGAGUGGGGCAUGGAGCGGCGCAGCAGCAGGAGGGACACUGUGAGCUCGCGGUGUGCUGCAGCCGCAGCAGCAACAGCAUCAACUGCAACAACAGCAACUGCAGCAACUGCAGCAGCAGCAGCAGCAGAGGAGGAAGACGAAAGGGACAGGCCUUUGUCUGUACACUCAACAACGAAGUUUGCUGUUGCAGUUGCGCAGUCGCGUGCUGCUGCUGCUCUUGCUGCUGCAGUGGCGCCUCCUGCUGCUGCCAGCCCUUCCUUGCUGAAUGGGCAGACGCAGCAGCUUCCGGCCGCAGCUGAGGGGUUGAUGCUGCAGCAGCAGCGGCAGCUGCUACUGCUGCAGCAGCAGCAGUUUAUGCUGCAGCAGCAGCAAGCAGCAGACGGCUUAAUUGACACUGGCAGCUCCAAAGGUGCAGCAAGGAGCUGUAGAGACACCGCAGGGGUCUCUGCAAAUGGCAGCGGCGCUUCUGGCAGCGUCGACAUGUGGUAUGCGCUGCAGCAGCAGCAGCAGCAGCAGCAGCAGCUGUUGCUGCUGGCUCUGCAGCAGCAGCAGCAGCAGCAGCAGCAACAGUCUUGCAUGUCCUCUCCCCGAGGCAACAACAGCUACAGCUCAUCGGCCCCCCUUGCGGGUAGAAGGCGUCCCCUUCCGUUGGGGCCGAAUUCUCCUGCUGCUGCUGCUGCCACUUUUGCUUCUUCUGCUGCUGCUGCAGCAAGUGCAGCAGCAGAGGAGUCGAGGGAGGCGCAGCAGCUCGUUAGGGGUGUGCGGCUUCUUGCUGCUCUCAGCAAAGAAGAAUCGCCCAGCGACCCCCCAGGGCCCCCCACAGACAGCGACCAGCAGCAGCAGCAGCAACAGCAGCAACAGCAGCAGCAGCAGCAGCAGCAGCAGCAGCAGCUCUCCCCCGAAAGGGCCCGCCUCCUGGCCUCCUGCAGCGACGUUGUUGGGCCUCGUGACUGGCGUCUGCUGCUGCUGGGAGACCAGCAGCAGCAGCGGCAGCAGCAGGAACGGUCAUCGGAGGAGGGCUCCGAGGGUGUCAACGAGGGUGCAGCAAGAACAGCAGACACAGCAGCAGCAGCAGCAGCAGCAGCAGCAGCAGCAGCAGCAGCAGCGGCAGCAGCAGCAGCAGCAGCAGCAGCAGCAGGUGAGGGCCUCUCUGGCUUUGUGGGGAAGCCCUCUCUCGUGUCUCUACGCAGCCAAAUCAACUGGAAAGGGCGGCUGCUGCGGCGCGCAUGUCUGUUCCCUGCCUGA